UCCACCCCGCACUCGCCAUAGGCCCGUCUGUUUCGGCAUGAUAAGCGCCUGCGGACCUGCGGACCUGCAGACCUGCGAAUAGCUGGACAGCGGAGGAGCAGCUCAGGGGAGCCUGGCUGGGAAACGCGCAGAACAAGCCGCCGAGACUUGUGUGGCGCGAGGGAGGCAAAAAAGCUGAGGGGGCGAACAAAGGCAUUCCUGGCUUUGAGCAAAGACAGCGACAUCGCCGCGAAAUCGUCGACGUUUGGCGCUCAUGCUGGGCGAAGGAGACCGGAGCAUCUGAGCCUGAGGAGGGUGUGCUCUCGCGCCGCGCACCUCGGACCGAACCGCACCGCCGAACCGCAGAGAAGCAGGAAAACAGCCGAAAAUGAAGCUCCUUUGGGCUCUACUCUUCUUGUUCGGGUUCCUUAACCAAUACGUCACCUCUGAUGUAACAAAGGACAGCUCACCUAGUCCCUCAAAUACAAACUCCACAGCCUCCGUGCAAGCAGUUACCACUAAGCCUUUGAGCAACGUUACAUCUUGGCAGAAAACUUCUCCAACAACGGCUGCUAUUAAAAACAUUAGUAUAAAUGUUUCAAGGGCCACCACAACUGCAACGACUGUUUCAGAUUCCACUGCAACACAAACUGACAAAGGAAAGAGCAUAACUGACAGUCAUCCAGCCUUAGAAACUGUGCAGACAACUGAUGGAAGUCCAGCGACCACUCUUAUCUUUACUUCUGUGCCAAAAGUGUUUACAACACUGCAGCAAGAGACCGCGAGCAGGGCAUCCCCCAGUAUCAUCAGUACCAUCAGUCAAGUUGACCGUACAGGUUCCACCCGUCAGCCACUUACAUCGACUCUACUGACCACAUCAUCAGUAUUGUCAUGGACUUCAGUCUCUACUACAAAAAAUCAUCCGGACAUCACUGCUAAUGAUAACCUUCCACAUAUACAGCCAACCACCGCUGAAAAAGAGGAAGAACUGGAGUGUGUGAAUCUGGAGAUAAACUCAGGGGCUGGGCACAAGAUCAUCAAUUGUACAACAGAAAAAAAGAGAAAAAUUAUACUUAAAGUCACACAUGAUGUUUGGGAAAAGUGCCGGAUAGGCUUUCAGGUAUGGCCUGCAUUAAAAUACAAUACAUGCAUGCAGCCUGCAUGUAUUACUUCAGGAUAUACAUUUAUAUUAUAUCUCCACUUAAGCACAAUGGUGGUGUAGUAGGUAGUGCUGCUGUUUUACAGUGCCUGGGGUGUAGGUUCAAAGCGAGCUCACCCUGCAUGGAGUUUGCAUGUUCUCCCUGUGUCUGUAUGGGUUUUCUCCAUGUGCUCUGGUUUCUUCCCACACUCCAAAGACAUGCAGUCAGGUGUACUGGCCACUCUAAAUUACCUGUAGUGUGUGAACAGAUAGGUGAUUGUGUGUGUGUGUGUGUGUGUGUGUGUGUGUGUGUGUGUGUGUGUGUGUGUGUGUGUGUGUGGUUAUCCUCCAAAGAACUGGCAUCCAUCCAGGGUACACCCCUCAGCCUUGUGCUCAUUGAUUCCAGGUGAGGUUCUGGACCACCAUGACCCUGACCAGGACAAGUGGUUCAGGAACAUGAGUGCAGGUGUUCUCUAAUGUAGAGAAAAAGGAAGAUGUCAGUUCUACAUGUUUAACUUCUGUUUCAUUUAACUGCACCUGUAUGCGUUCCAAGUUGUCAACUCGUUCCGAAAUCUACUUUGACGGAUUUUUUUAUUAAACAAAUUCUACCACGAAAGCAGCACUUUGUUUCUUUUGUGUGAGUUGAAAAAAAGGGCGCCGAGGGAACGAGCACAAGGACAAAGCCUGAAUUGCACCACUUCAGCAUUUUGUCGUUAAAACAAUGAUUCCUAUUGAUGUGUUUAUGGCAUGAACUGACACGAAUUAUAUUAUCAUUGCCGUGCAGAUGUGGGGAAUACCAGUUACAUUUGCAUGUAAAAGCAAGUACUUCAUGUAGAUGUCAGUGGCAACUGUUGUAAAACAGUAAUAAAAAGUGGCUGUUGUGUAUACAUUUACAGGGUUCAUCUCCACCUCCCUCUCCCUCCCUUUCCCCUUCCCCC